ACCUCAACAACUACACAUACUAAUACUAUCCCAAUCAUUUAUUCAAAAGAAAAAAGAUAUGGAUUCUCUUAUGUCAAACUGGCUUAACCCUGUGGAAAAAACACCUGAAAAAUACAUAUUCCCAGCCGACCAAAGGCCUGGCUCCCACCCUUUCCCAGUCAUGAACGACAUCCCUCUCAUCGAUCUUCAACACCCCAAUCCACAACACAUCAUUCGCCAGAUCAUCGAUGCAUGCCAACGCUUUGGAAUCUUCCAGGUCAUCAACCAUGGGAUCCCGGCAAGCCUAAUGGAGGACACGAUGGCCGUGAUGAAGGGAUUCUUCUCAGGGCCAGUCGAGCACAAGGCGAGCUUGUACUCGACCGACCUCACCAAGAAAUGCCGAAUAUACUCCAGCACCUUGAACUACGACUCCGAGGAUGUCCAUUACUGGAGAGACAAUCUCACUCACCAUUGCCACCCUCUCCAUGAUCACAUCCACCUCUGGCCCCACCACCCUCCCACUUAUAGACAAGUUGUUGGGGCAUAUGCAGUUGAGACGAGGAAGUUGAUGGUGAGGAUUCUAGAAGCCAUGUGUGAAGGGCUUGGGCUGAAACCUGAUUACUUGGAGGGGGAGAUGACCAAAACACAGCUGUUGUCAGUGAAUCAUCACAUUCCAUGCCCUGAUCCGAGCCUCACGCUCGGGAUGCCGCAACACACUGAUCCCAACCUCAUCACCAUCCUGCAGCAGUGCGCCGUCCCGGGCCUCCAAGUCUUCCGCCACCACCAGUGGAUGGACGUCCCCUCCGACCCCACCGCAUUCCUCGUCAUCCCUGGCCUCCAACUCAAGGUGAUGAGCAAUGGGAAAUUUUGGAGCCCAAUUCAUAGAGUGAUGACGCAUCGAGAAGAGGCGAGGACGACGAUAGGGACGUUUCUGAUUCCGUCGAAUGAGAUCGUCAUUGAGCCAGCCGGAGAUUUCCGUGCAGUCUAUAGAGGGUUCACUUAUGGAGAGUUUUUCAGGUGCUUCACUCGGAGCAACUGUGAUGCUGAUACUGCACUCGCCUAUUUCCAAACCGAGUCCAAAUCACCAACACUACUCAAAUGAACUUCUCUCUUUGUCUUGUUUACUGAAAUUAUCAAUCUAUAUUUUCUUUUAUUACGAAUUCUAUGUACAAGCUUGCAAGUUUGUGUAAUGGUAUUGGGGAGUCAUGAACUUUAUGUAUAGAAUAAGAUUUGAAUUUAGAUCUAA